CAAGUCUCUCAGAUUCAUUCUUUGUACUGGAUUUAAACUGUCAGCUCUAUGGAAGUACACACCAACAUACACAACCACAGCACCGGCAUGUGUGAGUCCACGCAGCGGGGAGGCGAGCCCCGGCGUAAGCGCGUGGAUGAGCGCAACGGACCGUCUGAAAUGGCCCGGAUCAUCACCGACCCUGAGACUGGAAAAUGCUACUGCAGAGGGAAAGUUCUGGGAAAGGGAGGCUUUGCGAAAUGUUACGAGCUCACAGACUUGUCCACGAGCAAAGUUUACGCAGCGAAAAUCAUCCCCCACUCGCGCGUAUCCAAACCGCACCAGAGGGAGAAGAUUGACAGAGAGAUCGAGCUGCACAAGGCCUUAAACCACAGACAUAUUGUGCAUUUUUACCACCAUUUUGAGGACAAAGAAAACAUUUAUAUUCUGUUGGAGUACUGCAGCAGGAAAUCGCUCGCGCACAUCCUAAAAGCGCGUAAAGUCCUCACAGAGCCAGAAGUGCGCUACUACCUCAGGCAGAUCGUGUCCGGACUCAAGUACCUCCACGAACAGGAAAUCCUGCAUAGAGACCUCAAACUCGGUAAUUUCUUUGUGAGCGAGUCUAUGGAGUUGAAGGUCGGGGACUUUGGUCUCGCUGCCAAACUGGAGCCAGCAGGAAACAGGAGAAGGACGAUCUGUGGAACUCCAAACUAUCUCUCCCCCGAAGUGCUGAACAAACAGGGCCAUGGCUGCGAGUCUGACAUCUGGGCUCUGGGCUGCGUUAUGUACACGAUGCUGCUUGGGAGACCGCCAUUUGAAACCACAAACCUUAAAGAGACGUACCGCUGUAUCAGAGAGGCUCGGUACUCGCUCCCCUCGUCCCUGUCGCCUCAGGCCAAACAGCUGAUCAGUAACCUCCUCGCCAAGACCCCAGACGACCGGCCCAACCUGGACCUUAUUCUACGGCACGACUUCUUCACGCAGGGCUUUAGUCCAGAGCGACUGUCCCCGAGCUGCUGUCACUCUCCCCCAGACUUCCAUGUAUCCAGUCCGGCAAAGAGCUUCUUCAAGAAGGCUGCAGCCGCUCUGUUUGGAGGGAGGAGGGACAAGGUGAAAUACUACGAGACCCUAAACAAACUGACCAAAGAGGAAGAGGAAAUCUAUAAACUACAACAUAACUUGGAGAGGACGGUGAUCAGCCAGCAGCAGCACCACAGAGUCCCAGAGAAUGGAGCUCUACUUCCGCCGUCUGCCGAAAACCCGGUCGCCGUGGCAACAGAGAGCCAGUCCCCCACGUCGCAGGACACAAUCCGCCUGAUUGUGAGAGGCAGUCUGGGGAGCUGCAGCAGCAGCAGUGAAUGUUUGGAGGACAACACCACGUGCAGUGUGGCUGAGACCGUGGCCAGCGUGUUACGAGGCUGUUUGGAGAGCAUGCCCAAUGCCGACACUAUGCCGCAAGGCUCCAGCACCUGUAACCUGCAGUGGGUGACUAAAUGGGUGGACUACUCCAACAAGUAUGGCUUUGGCUACCAGCUGUCAGAUCACACUGUGGGCGUUUUAUUCAACAAUGGGACGCACAUGAGCCUACUCCCCGAUAGAAAAACGAUACAUUACUACGCCGAGUUGGACCAGCGCUCCGUCUUUCCCACCUGUGAGGUCCCAGAGCAUUUCGUUGGACAAGUCACCGUUUUAAAGUAUUUCUCCCACUACAUGGAGGAGAAUCUCAUGGAUGGUGGGGAUCUGGGAGCCAUGACAGACUCGCACAUGCCUCGGCUCUACCUGCUGGAGUGGCUCAAGUCGGACCGCGCCCUCAUGAUGCUGUUCAACGAUGGCACUUUCCAGGUCAACUUCUACCACGACCACACCAAGAUCAUCCUCUGCUGCCAGCGCGACGAGUACAUGCUGACGUACAUCAACGAGGAGCGGGUUUCCAAAAGCUUCAAACUCAGCUCCCUGCUCACGACCGGAUGCCCUAACGAUCUACGCGAACGAAUGGUCUACUCCCUCAACAUGCUGCUGCAGAGGUGUAGCUAAAGAUCCAACCAUGCUAGACUGGAGAGUGCCACAAGGAACAAUGCAAAUGAGUGGGAUUGACGCUAGCCAAGUCUAUUAACCAAACCCACGCUAGCUAGACCGCGGCUAGCUAAACCACGGAACAUAUAAGGACAAAGCAAUGUAGCAAUGUGGAGGCGGGUCAUACAAAAAGGGCUGCUUUGUAUGUCGACUGAUGGAGAGGAGGAGGAGGAAACGAUUGAGAGUAGGAGAGGAGUUGGAGUAUGUUAUUGUGAACAAACUGUUUGAAAAGUAAAAAAAAAUAAAACGCUGGGCUGGAACUGGCAUAAAUGUGUAGAAUAGGCUGUGUUCACGAUUUGGAAGAAUCCCUCGAGUUUAACCUGAGCUGGAGAUCAGAGGUCAGAACUCUCAGAUGCAAUUCUCUGUGUAACUGUCAGACUGCAGAGGUGUUGCUCUGGUUUAUUGUUAAUAUCUCUGUAAUCCCUUAGCCUAUCCACAUGAAACUAAAACUGGGUUAAAGUUCAAUGUCGUUCUGUCAGCUUAACAAAAGUAAUUUUUUUUUCACAAUAUCUUCAGAAAAUUGAGCCAUUAUUCAACACAAAACACUGGAUUGUAAAAGGACUUUAUACCAUAAGAUUAAUAUGAUCCAAUCCCAAACAAAGACAAGGCCCAACCGCAGAGUUACGCAGAGUUACGCAGAGUUACGCAGAGUUACGCAGAGUUACGCAGAGUUACGCAGAGUUACGCAGAGUUACGCAGAGUUACGCAGAGUUACGCAGAGUUACGCAGAGUUACGCAGAGUUACGCAGAGUUACGCAGAGUUACGCAGAGUUACGCAGAGUUACGCAGAGUUACGCAGAGUUACGCAGAGUUACGCAGAGUUACGCAGAGUUACGCAGAGUUACGCAGAGUUACGCAGAGUUACGCAGAGUUACGCAGAGUUACGCACUCUAUCUGACAUGACAUUAUCAAAUCUAGAACGUGAACACAACCUAUUAAAAGACUGCAAAAUAUUGUCAUGGAGACGAGUUUAAAAAUAGAUUGUAGAACUUUUGUAAAUUUUUGUACAGUGUAUGUAAAUGUACAGCUGAAACUGUGAUGUACUUUUAAUAUAGAUCAGAGGAGAGCGAGAGAGACAUUAAGAAUAAUGAUGGAGCCAGAGGAGAGGGAGAGAUUCAGAAUAAACAGAUCAGAUCCUGGUCUGGAGCCAUUAGUAAAACACUGUUCAAAAUAACGUAUUGUGUUCAAAGUGCCGUAUUUAUUUAUUUAAUAAUAAAAACCUUUUUGU